AAACAAUUCAACCAGUUGAUUCUGGUCAUAUUACCAAGCUCCGAUAGUAUUUCUACAGACCGUUUGCGGGGAACCGGGGUUCGGUUGGACUCGGCUAUUUGCGGUCUUUCGGACACAGAAACCACAUCCCAUCUCUAGGCUCGGAGGGUUGCAAUAUGUUCAUUCAGGAGGUUUGGAAGACGCUCUCGAUUGAGGGGGUAGUUACUGGAGUGGUUGGGCUGUUGGGUGUGCUGUGUUGUGCCUAUGUCACUUACAACCGCCUUUUCCACCCCCUUCGGAGGUUUAAUGGUCCGUUCCUUGCAUCUAUCACACCCUGGGUUCAGUUGUAUCAUGGCCUCAAGGGGGACCGACACCUUUGGCUUCACAGUCUGCAUCAACAGUAUGGAACGCAUGUCCGUGUCGCGCCCAAUUUCAUCUCUAUCAACUCCGCGCAGGGCCUGCAUGAUAUCUAUGGUCACGGAAAGAAGUUGAAGAAGGCCAAUUUCUACAAUGGGUUCACUGCCAUCAAGGGCGUGUAUAAUACCCACAAUGUGAUCGAUAAGACGGUGCAUGGUCGGAAGAGGCGCGUAUUGAGCCAGGCUUUCUCUGACCAAGCUCUCAAGAGCAUGGAGGACGUGAUGCUGCUGCAUGUCCGACAGCUCUGCACAGGUCUGACAGGUCAGCAGACAAACGGAAACAAAGAAGGAGUUCAGAAGACGGUUGUCCAGAACAUGGGAGAUUGGUUCAGUUACCUCACGUACGACGUCAUGGGUGAACUUUGCUUCGGGAAGAGCUUCGAUAUGUUGGUUGAAAGCAGCCGCAGAAAGAUGAUCCAGCUUGUAGACCGCGCCGCCAACCGUCAUUAUAUAGUGAGUAUCACAAUUCGGAAUCCAUUGAACGUGGCUGUUCUAACCAGUCAACAGUGUGGUCUGUGGAUGCCCCUUGAUACUUGGCACUUGGACCAAAUCGUCAUUCACAGGUUGACCAACGACCGAUGGAACUUCAUCAUGAACUCUCGGGUUGAAGCCAACAAGCGCGCCCAGGAACGUACCCAGGCGGGCCACGAUUCCAAGAAGGACUUCUUCUACUAUCUGCUCAACGCCAAAGAUCCCGAGACAGGCAAGGGCCUGACAACUCCCGAGCUCUGGGGCGAGGCCAACGUCCUCAUGAUCGCGGGCAGUGACACGACCUCCACCACGCUCGCCGCAACCAUCUUCUAUCUGGUCCGCAACUCGCGCGUCAUGGAGCUGCUGAAGAAGGAAGUCCGUGAGAGCUUCAGUUCAGUCGAGGAGAUUGUCACCGGCGCCAAAUUAAACGACCUUAUUUAUCUGAAAGCCUGCAUUGACGAAGCGCUGCGCUUGGCACCUGCAGUUCCAGGAGCUAUCCCGCGCGAAGUGAUGGAGGGCGGCGCCGUCGUGGACGGGGCCUUUUUGCCCGCCGGCACGGACUGUGGGACCCCGACGUACUCUAUACACCGACAGCCCCAGUACUACCGCAGACCUGAAGCCUACAUUCCAGAGAGAUGGAUCGAGGGCGCAACAUGCGUGACCACCGAAGAAAAGUGGCAGAGCAGCAAGGAAGAUGUUGAGGCUGCCCGCCGAGCAUUCUGCCCGUUCAGCAUUGGACCCCGUGGAUGCAUUGGCAAGGGUAUGGCAUUCAUGGAGAUGCGACUGACAAUUGCUCGAUUAAUGUUCCUGUUCGACAUGGAGUUAGCAGACCGAAAGGGAGAAGAUGAGCAUGGCCACCUGGCACUAGUGGAUCAUUUCACCAGCGCUAAGCAGGGUCCAAAUGUAAUUGUCCGCCGGAGGAAUCUAACCGUCUAGGCUGAAUGAUUCAAAAUUUUUCAACGUGUCCCGUCCUCCAUAAUGAAGUCGAUUUAUGUACAGCGCCAUUUCAAUUCAAAUGAUUAUCAACAAUAGUCCCACCCCAACUAGUUAUCCAGUAUUAACAACAAAAAAACCCCCAAGCAACUAAAGAAACAACAUCCAAUUAUCUAAGUAAUCCAACAUGUCAAACGCCAAGCACAACUCCGGAAUGCCAUUACAUUAAAUUUCCAAACACAACAAUCAGGACACGUGCCCAACACGUGCAACAAGCCCAAAAGGGCAAAUUAAACAACUCCUUGACUCUCCAUUUAAUAGCAAUGAAACCCUUCAAACA